GAUUUGAUGUGUAUGUGCUUCAUCUGAUAAAGCAAUAGACUGCUUAUGCAGGGAAACAAAGUAAGAAACUAGGCAAAAAACAACUAACUAGCAAGGCAUAGAAUUCGGGUCCUAUAUUUUGUUAUUCUCUAAGGAGAGAGCUUGUAUAGGAAGGGGAGAAGGAUGACAGUCUCUGUCGAAGGUCCAGACUCUCGAGCAACUAUUCCUGGUGGGACAAGGAUCGACGUCCUUGAUGAUGAGUUCAACGACAGCCCAAUUGAGCAAGUGAGGCUAACAGUUCCGAUCACCGACGACCCUUCAGUUCCCGCCUUAACCUUUCGUACGUGGGUUCUAGGCCUUUUGUCAUGCUGCACUCUUGCCUUUUUGAACCAGUUCUUUGGUUACCGCCAAAACCAGCUCUACAUUUCUUCAGUCUCAGCACAAAUCCUCGUCCUCCCUCUCGGAAAACUGAUGGCUAAAACUCUCCCAACAAAACAAUUCCGAGUUAUGGGAUGGACAUUUUCGUUCAACCCCGGACCUUUCAACUUGAAAGAGCAUGUGUUGAUCACCAUCUUUGCGAAUUCAGGAUCAAAUAGUGUUUAUGCAGUUGGCAUUAUCACUAUUGUGAAGGCUUUCUACCGCAGGAGCAUGCAUCCUAUGGCAGCCUUCUUGUUAGCCCAAAGCACUCAAUUGCUUGGAUAUGGGUGGGCUGGGUUGUUCAGAAAGUACCUUGUUGAUUCCCCAUAUAUGUGGUGGCCUGACAAUCUGGUUCAGGUCUCUCUUUUCAGGGCGCUUCAUGAAUGGGAAAUGAGACCAAAGGGAGGCCGUACUAGGCUGCAGUACUUCAGCUUAGUAUUUGUAUGCAGCUUCGCUUACUACAUUAUUCCAAGUUUUUUCUUCCCCUCCAUAGGCGCUCUCUCCUUUGUUUGUUGGAUAUGGAAGGACUCCGUCACCGCCCAACAGAUUGGUUCCGGCCUCAAUGGCCUUGGCAUUGGCUCAUUUGGCCUUGAUUGGUCAACUGUUGCGAGCUUCUUGAAGAGCCCAUUAGCCACACCCGGUUUUGUCUUCAUGAACAUGUUGGCUGGUUUUGUCUUCAUUUUCUACAUUCUUACCCCCAUUUUUUAUUGGUCCAAUGUAAAAGAUGCCAAGAAGUUUCCCUUCUUUUCUUCUUCUACUUUCGACUCCACUGGCAAACGCUAUAAUGUUUCCCGAGUUCUGGACCAGAAAACUUUCGAUAUUAAUUUGAAAGAGUAUAACAGUUACAGUAAACUCCAUCUCUCUAUGUACUUUGCCUCGAGUUAUGGGUGGAGCUUUGCUGGUCUGACAGCAACUAUUUCACAUGUUGCACUCUUCCAUGGAAAAGACAUCUGGGAUAUGUGGAAAAAGACUUCUACCGCAGCGAAAGAUCAGCUUGGGGACAUCCACACACGGUUGAUGAAGAAGAACUACGAGGCAGUCCCACAAUGGUGGUUUCACAUCAUGCUUGUUUUAAUGGUUGGCCUUUCCAUCUGGGUCUGUGAAGGUUUUGGGAAACAGCUCCAACUUCCAUGGUGGGGAGUCUUACUAGCUUGUGCCAUUGCACUAACUUUCACCUUACCCAUUGGCAUUAUUCAAGCCACAACAAACAUGCAACCGGGGCUCAAUGUGAUCACAGAGUUGGUUAUUGGGUAUCUUUAUCCUGGGAAGCCUCUUGCCAAUGUGACUUUCAAAACAUAUGGCUAUAUCAGCAUGUCACAAGCACUCAUGUUUCUCGGUGACUUCAAAUUAGGUCACUAUAUGAAGAUCCCUCCCAAGUCCAUGUUUAUUGCGCAGUUAGCUGGAACACUGGUCGCUUCUAGUACCUUUUUCAGCACAUCCUGGUGGCUUCUCAACACUGUUGAGAACAUCUGUGAUCCAUCAAAACUGCCAGAGGGAAGUCCAUGGACAUGUCCUAGUGAUGAGGUCUUCUACAAUGCCUCAAUCAUUUGGGGAGUUAUAGGCCCUCUCAGAAUGUUCACUAAGCAUGGAAACUACCCGGAGAUGAAUUGGUUCUUCCUACUUGGUUUACUUGCACCUAUACCAGUUUGGCUCCUAGCGCGCAAAUUCCCCAAGCUAGAGUGGAUUAAGCUCAUAAACAUGCCUGUCAUCAUUGGAACCACAGCAGUCAUGCCACCAGCUAAAGCUGUCCACUACUUGAUGUGGUUCACAGUUGGAAUUUUCUUUAGCUUCUAUGUUUAUCGACAACACAGGGCAUGGUGGGCUAGGCAUAACUAUAUCCUAUCAGCUGCUUUGGAUGCCGGUGUGGCCUUCACGGCAGUUCUUGUGUAUUUCACCCUUCAGAGUAAGGGUAUUAAUGGUCCAAAAUGGUGGGGUCAGGACAGUACUGAUCAUUGUCCGUUAGCCAAGUGCCCCACAGCUCCAGGAGUAGUGGUCAAAGGGUGUCCAGUUUUUUGACAAAGUUCAGAGCUGCUGGAAAAGUUAGCUCAUCUAGUCGUUCAAAUCGUAGCCCAGUUCAACUAGAAUCUAGUGUUUGUUGAUGAUGAUUAUUGCUGUGCAGCUAUGGCAAAUUGGUAUACAUGAAGCUGUACAGUUCAUUAUUUUGAUUUACUCUGAGUAAUAAAUUGUUUGAUUUUCAUUA